CAAUUGCUGUCAGUUUGCUCCGCAAUACAUUGUUUGUUUACAAUCUUCUUCCUGUUCAAUUACCAAAACAAACAUUGGCGCGUAUUAAUAAAGUUGAUGAUAAAAUUUCUAUUUUAACACAGAAAAUGGGUCCAAAGCUGGCUCAAAAGUGUGCCCACUGUCAGGCGUGUACCACCGAAAAGUGGCACACCGUUGAACGGGGUGUCGUUUUGUGCACGCCGUGCUAUGAGAAGCAAGAAAAGGAACAAACGGAGCUGGAGAAUGAACUAAAGGAAAUACAGGCGGAGUCCAUGAAGAUAGAAUCACAAUCAGAUGACCCCACACCUGCCCAUGAGCUUCCGAAAGAAGUCGAAAAGAAUGGUAGCGACAAAAGUCAGGCGGACAAGGACACUAGUCCAGUGGAUGAUGUGAAGGAAGAGGCGACCGGUGAAAAGGAUGAAAAAGAAACUGAUGGAGGCAAAGAAAGGAACGCUCCUUCGCUAAGUCCGCGAAAGUUACGAAAGAACGUCAGAAGUGCCCGAAAAGGUGGUUCGGGCGGGACGGGGGCCAACGGUGGCAAAACUGGACGCUCGCGGAGGUUCAUUUUCAAAAAGAACCCAAUGAAAGCGCCAACCAUUACGGUCACAACGAGAACAGUGGAAACAUUGUUCCACAAUAAUAUUUAUUAUCAAAUAGGGGACAUUGUUUCGGUUAUGGAUGCAAACGAUGAUAUUUACUACGCACAAAUACACGGCUUGCAAAUCGACUCUUACUGUGAAAAAUCUGCCUAUAUUACUUGGCUUAUACCAACGACAUCCAGUCCUCCGCCAAACGAACAGUUCGACCCUGCUACCUAUCUAAUAGGGCCCGAGGAAGAUCUCCCGCGGAAGCUUAGCUGUAUGGAAUUUGUGAUGCAUGCCCCAAGCAGCUAUUAUCUGGAUCGACACAAUCCGUUCCCAAGGCCGGAUACCUGGGGACCGGAGAAUACCUCCCAGGAGGAUAAUUCGAACUACAUAUGGGCGAAUAUUUCUCAUCUGUAUCAAAGCUGAAGUCGCUUCUGAUGAUUAACACAAAUUGUUUUAGCUUUAACUGUAAUAUUUUUGGGUUACAAUGGACACAAAACAAACAAACAGGAAAUACAUUAACUUAUCUAGUAAAA